GCUGUUCCUCCAGCGUUGUUACUCUAGCAUUGUUACUACGGCAUUAAUGAUUCACCCUAUAGCAUCGAUCGUCUGGUUCCUGUAGCAUUACUCAUUGUUACUGUAGCAUCGGCCAUCGCUGCUAUAGCAUCGAUCAACUUUCCUGUAGCGUUGGUCAUCAUUACUCAUUGUUCCUCUAGCAUUGUUACUGCAGCAUUGCCUGUUGUUGCUCUAGCAUUGUUAUUCUAGCAGCGGUCAUUGCUGCUAUAGCAUCAAUCAACUUUCCUGUCGCAUUGCUCAUUGUUACUCAUUGUUCCUCUAGCAUCGCUCAUCUUGUUGCCAUGGCAGCAACCAUUGUUCCUGUAGCAUUAAUCCUCUGUAGCAUCAUUUCCUCCUAUAUCGUUACCCACUCAUCCUAUAUGAUCAUUGUUCCUAUAGCAUUGAUCACCUAUAGGAUCACGCACUGUUGCUAUAGCGUUAAUCGUUCACCCUAUGGUGUCGAUCAUCUUGUUACUAUCGCAUUACUCAUUGUUACUGCAGCGUCAGCCAUUGUUACUACAGCAUGAAUCCUUGUUCCUGUAGCACUGAUCAUCUGUAGGAUCACUCAACUUCCUCCUAUGGCGUUUCUCAUUCAUCCUGUAGUAUUUAUUAAUCGUUGUUCCUGCAACAUUGCUCAUUGUUACUCGUUGUUGCUGUAGCGUUGCUCAUCAUUACUGUAGUAUUAGUCAUUGUUCCUAUAGUAUUGAUCAUCUGUAGUAUUAAUCAUUUUUCUUGUACUAUUAUUCAUUCAUCCUAGAGUGUUACUCGUUUUUCCUGUAGUAUUACUGAUGUGGGUCCUAUAGCAUUAAUCAUCUGUAGGAUCACUUAUUUUGUUCCUAUAGCAUGACUCACUCAUCCCAUAACACUACUCAUUGUUCCUAUAGCAUUAAAAAUUGAUGCUUCAACGUUACUCAUUGAUGCUACAGUGUUACUCAUUGAUCCUACAACGUUACUCCUUGUCCCUGUAGCACUGCUCAAUGAUCCCAUAGUGUUACUCAUUGUUGCUAUAGCCUUAACCAUUGAUCCUGUUGCUCGUUGAUGCUACAGACAUUGCUCGUUGUUCCCAUAGCAUUAAUCAUUGUCCCAGUAGCAUUGCUCAUCGAUCCUGUAGUGUUACUCGUUGAUGCUACAGCAUUGCUCAUUGUUGCCGUAGCAUUAACCAGCUAUAGGAUCACUCGUUUUCUCCCGAUAGGGUUACUCGUUGAUGCUACAACGUUACUCAUUGAUGCUACCAUGUUACUCGUUGAUGCUACAACGAUACUCAUUGAUGCUGCGGCGUUACUCGUUGAUCCUGUAGCAUUAACCAUUGAUGCCACAGCGUCCCCGGCCCCGUUUCCCGCCCCCCCGGGCCCCACGCGGGUACCCACCGGCUGCCGCACCAUGCUCUGGUACCACUUCAGCGGGGGCGACUUCACCUGGCACACCAUGUCCGGCCGCGCCGUGCGGCUGAGGGCCGUGCCCAUCCAGAGCCUCUCGGAGCUGGAGCGAGCCCGGCUGCAGGAGGUGGCGUUCUCCCGGCUGCAGCAGGAGGGAGACCUGAGCUGCCCGAUCGCCAUCCCCAAAGGCGGCCGGAAGCGGAAGUCGCUACGGAAGAAGCUGGAUUCGCUGGGCAAAGAGAAAACCCGGGAGGGAGAGCCCGCGCCCCGGGCCUUCGGGAUGACCCUGAGCCAGGUCAUCGCCAACGACCGGGCCCACAGGCGGCGCAGGGAGGAGCCGGCCGGCGACCCCGCCGUGACCCCGCCGCGACCCCGCCGCGACCUCUCCGGCAGCAGCUCCUCCCUCAGCUCCGCCCCGGACACGCCCACCGAGGCCGCCACGCCCGGCUCCCCGGAGGCGCCGCCGCGGGCCCGCAGGAGGGGCGCCGUGUCCGUGGACUCCAUCACCGACCUGGACGAGGACCCCUCGCGGCUGCUGGAGGCCCUGCAGCUGUCGCUGCCGACCGCGGCCCCGGGCCGGAAGGACAAAGCCCGGGCGCAGCGGCUCAGCCUGAACCCCGUGUGCCGGCAGGUGCCCCGGCUCGUGGACAGCUGCUGCGACCACCUGGAGAGGCACGGCCUCCGCACGGUGGGGAUUUUCCGAGUCGGGAGCUCGAAAAAGCGAGUGCGGCAGUUGCGGGCGGAGUUCGACCGCGGCGCCGAGGUGGCCCUGGAGGCGGAGCGCAGCGCCCACGACGUGGCGGCCCUGCUCAAGGAGUUCCUGCGGGACAUGGCCGAGCCGCUGCUGACGCGGGAGCUGUACGCGGCCUUCAUCGACACCCUGCUGCUGGAGCCGGGGGCGCGGCUGGGGGCCCUGCGCCUCCUCGUCUGCCUGCUGCCCCCCUGCAACUGCGACACGCUCCGGCGCCUGCUGCACUUCCUGGCCCUGGUGGCCCGGCACGCCCAGGACCACGUGGGCCGCGACGGGCGAGAGGUCCCCGGGAAUAAGAUGACGUCCCUGAACCUGGCCACCAUCUUCGGGCCCAACCUGCUGCACAAGCAGAAGUCGUCGGACCGGGAGUUCUCGGUGCAGAGCCCGGCCCGGGCCGAGGAGAGCACGGCCGUCAUCGCCGUGGUGAAGGAGAUGAUCGAGAACCACGAGGCCUUGUUCAUGGUCCCUCCCGCCCUCCAGAACGAGGUGCUGCUCAGCCUGCUGGAGACCGACCCCGACGUGGUGGACUACCUGCUGCGCAGGAAGGCGGCCCCGCCCACGGACCCGCCCGGCACCGCCCCCUCCCCCCAGGCCUCCCCGGAGCUGCCCGAUCGCCCCCGGCAGCCGGCCGAGUCCGGAGAAGGCCCCCACAUCUGGGAAACCGGCUCGCUCCGCCCGCGGCCCCGCCCCCUGACCCUGGACUGGCCGCGCCGGCCACGCAGCCUCGGGGACCCGGACCCCGGCCGGGCUGAGCCACGGCCGCCGCCCCCGUACCCGGGCCCCCGGGAGCCCCCCGGGGGGCGGGGCCGGCAGGACCUGGGGGCGGGCGCCUGGCUCGACUGGCGGCGCGAGCGCUGGGAGAUCUGGGAGCUGCUGUCUGGUGACGGCCCGGACGCCCUGCCCGAGACGCUGGUGUGAGGGCCGGCGCCGGGGCCGCCUCCCCGUGCCCAAGAUGGCACCAUCCAAGAUGGCGGCUGCCUCCCCGUGCCCAAGAUGGCACCAUCCAAGAUGGCGGCCGCCUCCAACAUCCGAGAUGGUGCCAUCCUAGAUGGCUGACUCCAACAUCCAAGAUGGCGCCAUUCAAGAUGGCGGCCGACUCCAACAUCCAAGAUGGUGCCGCCCAAGAUGGCGGCCGACUCCAACAUCCAAGAUGGCGCCGUCCAAGAUGGCUGACUCCAACAUCCAAGAUGGCGCCAUUCAAGAUGGCGGCCGACUCCAACAUCCAAGAUGGCGCCAUCCGAGAUGGCAGACUCCAAAAUCCAAGAUGGCGCCGUCCAAGAUGGCGGACACCUCCAACGUCCAAGGUGGGGACGGACGCUAGAACGUUCCAGAGAGCACAAGCCGAGAAGCCAUAUUUUUCGACCGCUGUCUGGCGUGUGGCCAGCAGGGGGCGGUCCGUGUCAGUAUUUUAUUUUUUUUGUAUUUUUCACUUCAGAAGGGAAAAGUGUAUCGUUUUUUUGUUUUUUGUAAACACGCUGCCGUGGGGACGUUCUGCGUCCCCAGGUUGGAAUCUCGCGCCCUCGGGAAUAAACGCUCACGCACUGGCCGUG